CCAACCUUGCUAUCAGGGUGUUGUGCCAAAACCUAGUCUAACCAUGUUGGAAGGAAAGACAUCAACAUUGUCAAUAACAGCUAUAUGGUUUUCCAUAUUGGGACUCAUCAUUAUUUUUCAGAUAAAUGUGGUGCGAGAUUCAACUAGGCUAAUGCUCUCAAUUUCAAAGUGGAAUUGGGAUUUCGAAGUUACUUAUAAUACUACGGUUAUCACGUGUGAUCGUUCUAAUGAAACUUAUGACAUAUGUACAAUAAACAGUCCAACACUUCUAGACCAAACUUCAUUGACUCUUUUUACAUUAGGUACUCAUACAAGGACUCAACCUUACAUCCAUAUGAAAAUUCAACCUUACCCUCUCAAAAAUGAUAAAAAGGCAAUAACCCUUGUUAGUGAAUUCACUCUCACAUCAGCUCCACCAAAAUCAUCUUGUGGUGUCACACAUCAUAGCCCAGCACUAGUGUUUAGUGUGGGUGGGUAUAGUGGUAAUUUCUACCACGAUAUAAAUGAAAUUUUCAUACCUAUCUUCAUAACCAUUAAUUCUUUAUCCAAUGGUCAAGAUGUAAUACUUGUGAUCACAGAUGUUAAACAUGGAUGGUUUGAAAAGUAUGUUGAUUUAUUAUCUACAUUUAGUCCUAACCACACGAUCAUCAACACAAGUAACCUAACAACCACUCAUUGCUUUCCAUCAGCAAUUGUAGGUUUGAUAAAGCAUGGACAAAUGAUCAUAAACCCAAAAUUGCUACCAAACCCUAAAACCCUCCUUGAUUUUCAUGGAUUCCUAAAAGGCGCAUAUAUGAAAAAGAACACUCCAUUACUAUUUCCCGACAAUAAGGGUAAGCCCAUUCUCACAUUGGUGAGUAGAAAGGGAAGUUAUAGCCGUGAGAUUUUGAACCAAGACGAAGUCAUCAAGUUAGCCGAAGAUGUAGGAUUUGAUGUACAUGUUUUGGAACCAUCAAUAAAUUUCCCUGUGGCUGAUGCUUUUAGGCUGAUACAUUCGAGCAAUGUAAUGUUAGGGGUGCAUGGUGCAGGUCUAACAAAUUUAGUGUUCCUUAGACAAGGAUCGGUAUUGGUUCAAGUGGUGCCUAUCGGACUUGAAUGGGCCUCGGAGACUUAUUAUAACAAACCAACUAAGCUUUUGGGGUUGGAUUAUGUAGAAUACAAAAUAGAGGCAAAUGAAAGUAGCUUGUCAUGGGAAUAUGGAGCUGAAAGCUUAGUUGUCAAGAAUCCAAAGGCUUUUCGUCAAGGAAAAUGGUCUAAGCAUCUAGUAUACUUGAAGGAACAAAAUGUGAAGAUUGAUAUAAUUAGAUUUAGAAAUUGUUUGACAACAGUAUAUGAAAAGGCCAAGAAAUUUAUCAAUAGUACUAGUUAGGUAGCUAGUUGGAUUUUUUUCUUAAAAUUUCAUCCUUCCCUU